AUGCCGUACCGAUCUGGUGCCAUCAACAGCGCUGUCAUCAAGGACACGGUGACAGAAGAAUCCCACGACAGUGCUAUCCUUGAGGAGCCUUCUCCCAGUAGCAGCGUACCGAUCACAGCCGUCAUCACAAAUUCAGAGAUUGACCGCCAGGCCACCCGUUAUUCUGACAAUCAAGAUGCAGUCAAUCGGGCAGGCUAUUUUCCCUCUGUGGUUGACAUAGAAACCUCUGAUGAGAUUGUCACUCAGGUCGAGUCGUCAAGCCGGAGAAUCUCUAAUGCCAGGCGUCCAUCCCAGAAUCUAUGGACGAGAUCAAGAUCCUUUGCAGGAUCUUACCUCAAGCCUCCGGCUCUUGUAGAGCAAAAUCGAAGAGGCGUGUUUUCUGAAGUACAACUAAGCUCCAAUGUAGCACCGCCAUUUGGAACUAUAGGCCAAGAAGAUGCCGGGCGGGCGGCAGGGGACAAUUCGCGGGGCGACAGUCGAAGGGGUUCGGUGAAUAAGGCCGCCUCCAGCACAUCUGCCAGUCAGGCUGGAAGUCGAGCUGGCUCGUUCUCCAACCCCCUGAGAAAGGGAUUCAGCCACCAAGAGGGAUUGCAUCGUCGGUCAGAGAGCAUCAACAAGAUCAGUACGGAGGAAGGUCGGAGGCGAUCAACCGCCACCCCUCCAGAAAAUGCUUCACUGGCUACAGGUAGCACCAGGCCGUCCUUGGAAAGGACGCAUUCAGCUCCUUCAAAUUAUCAGUUCAAAACUCCUGAAGCCUCAGCACCAGCCUCUGAACCACGGGGGGCAGCCGCAUACGGAAAACUUACUCAGCAUACCUCAAAAGUGGAUGAACCCUUGCCAGAGACAAUCAACAAAGUGGAUUCCUUACUCCGGGUCCACGAGAAAUCCAUCCCUCAAGCUGGUCUCUAUUUUCGAUCUCGUCGUAUCAAGGACCGCAAUACCGAUCGUUCCUGGCUUAGGCCACGGAAAGAUCACCGUCAGAAGUGGUUAACCAUCAUUCCUCUCAUCGGCAUCAUUUUGGGAUUCUGCAUCGCGGGCGCAUAUAUUUUCGUUGGAAUUCAAAAUGUGCCCGUUCAUAAAUAUUGCAUGGUGUACGAAGAUACCUUCUCAUCGGGAGAUUUGGACUUGAACGUAUGGACCAAGGAAGUCCAGGUGGGAGGGUACGGCAACGGGCAGUUCGAGGAGACCACUGCCACCGACGAAAACAUCUUUAUCAAGGACAAUAUACUCCAAAUCAAGCCCACACUCCAAGAUAUUGCCCUUCUGACUGGCAAUCACACCCUGAACCUGACCAAAUUGGGGACAUGUACCAGUGACGAAUGGUCCAACUGUGUUGCCACAACCAAUACCACAAACGGCACAAUCAUCAAUCCUGUGAAAUCAGGGCGCAUCAAUACCAAAAAGGGUGCAAACAUCAAGUAUGGCCGUAUAGAGGUCGAGGCGAAAAUGCCGCAAGGCGAUUGGAUCUGGCCCGCCAUUUGGAUGCUGCCAAAAGACUCUGUCUAUGGUACAUGGCCUCGCAGUGGAGAAAUCGACAUCGCCGAGUCUCGUGGCAACAACUGGACGUAUCCCACUGGCGGAAAUGAUAUCAUGUCCUCGUCUUUGCACUGGGGUGUGGACAGCACUAACGACGGCUGGUGGAGGACGUACCGCAAACAAAAUGCUCUUCACUCGACAUUCUCGGACAGGUUUCACACCUAUGGACUUGAAUGGAGUGAGAAAUACCUGUAUACGUACCUCAACGGCCGGUUGCUGCAGGUUCUAUACACCAAAUUCAGAACCCCAUUUUGGCAAAGAGGCGAUUUUCCUCUCAUGUAUGCAAACGGGACUGCUAUUGUCAACCCCUGGGGGAAAACAGGCAAUGCCGCCACUCCGUUUGACCAGGACUUUUAUUUGGUACUGAAUGUAGCUGUCGGCGGGACCAACGGCUGGUUCGAGGACGGCAAGGCGAGCAAACCGUGGGUAGAUACGAGUCCGACGGCAAAGGGGGAGUUUUGGGCUGCGAGGGAUCAGUGGUACCCGACGUGGCAGACGGAAAACGGCCCCGCUCUGCAGGUGAAAAGUAUCAGGAUGUGGCAGCAGCAGGGGUACAACAACUGUGGCAGUGAUGCGAAGAGUAUUUGA